GGAAUUUUGGACUUUUUGGAGGCAAAACGGCAAAAGGCAGCUGACCACUCUGACCAGCGGCGUGCACCGGUGUUGUGCGAAUUUCUGUCGAAUUUUCAAAUUCAACGGUGCUGCAAGGACAUUCUUCGGCAUCAGCGUCAAAGGCGCCGCAGAGGCGGUGUGGAAUCUGCAAAGAUCCGACUUUCCAAUCUUGGCCCACAACGAUUUUGUUCAGCUCGAGCUUGAAGCGGUGUGGAUUGUGGAUUCUGCAACGAUCUGAUGCGAGUUGCAGAUGCAGAUUCGCCCUUUGACUUUCCAAGAUGGACAAUGUACGCACAACAAUUUUGUUCAGCUCAAGCUAGAUUGCUGACAAGAUGCCCGUAGAUUUUCUCGCCUUCCACGUGCCUUCUACUAACAAAUUGGAGGUGAGCUUGGCUCUUUUCUCGCACCACGCCUUUAAUGGCCUUUUGGCUCGGCAGCUGAAUUCGAGGUGAGUCUUUGCUGAAAAAGCACUCAGACAAAAAGGGAAUUUUUCUUAAGGAGAAAAAAGUAAAAGGAGCUGAUUGACGUUCAUGAGAUCUUUUUUGAAUUGCAAACGACGCCAUCAUAACGUUUUAUUGGAGGUGCGCAGCUGAAAUCGAGGAUGCAGCAUCCAGAGCAGAGACAUCGUCCGUUCCCCGCCAACAUGUGAUGGUGGCUGUGCGGUCCGCAAGACAGCAUCAACCGCCAGCACCGCCACCACCAGCAGCUACCCCAAUCGCCCGAGAUGCCAACCCCCACCGCGAGCACCAUUGGUGAGACGCCAAUGACGGUGCCCACCACUUCCUCGGCGCCGAGCAUCCUGCAGGAGGGCUCGUCGCCGACCAUCACCGACGCCACCUCGAAUGGGCCGUCGUCGGUUUCGACGCCGCCGCCGCAGCCCCCCGCGUCCGGGGGCAGCAGUUGGCGGCGCCGAACGAAGCGGGCGCCGCAGAGACUGAGCCAGGCGGCGUCUUCGGCACCCUCUGACGAGGAGGACGACGACCCCAGACAAUCAUCGCCGUCAGCGGCGGCCAACAACGGCGGCGAGUCGUCUUCAGAUGAUGUCGAACGUUUUGACGGCAAAAUCGUGUACAACCCGGAUGGCUCGGCGUACAUCAUCGAGGACAGUGAGCUGAGCGACGACGACGGCGUCGACGUGCCGCAGCUGGACGGCUGCAUCGUCGACGGCCGCGGCUCGAACGCGUCGCAACUCUCGGCCGCCUUCCCGCAGAUCGCCAACGCGUUCUACGUGACCCGCAACCCGGCCGGGCUGUACAACGCUUUGUACGGACAGGCGUACGCCAGUCUGAUGCGUGAUAGCAAAAGCAAGAUAGUUCCUGAGGUGCCCGUGAUGCACAGCUACCGCGUUUACACGGUGCGCGACAAGAAGGAGGAGGAGAUGAAGAAGCAGAAGACUGACGCCGAGGAGGACCACCCUGCCGUCGACUCGGAGGACUCGGCGGCGACGGCCGUGCCGAUCAAGCCGAUCCUCAUGUGCUUCAUCUGCAAGCUGUCCUUCGGCUACGCCAAGUCGUUCGUCGCGCACGCCAUGAGUGACCACAGCGUGGCCCUGCUCGAAGACGAGAAGGAGAUCCUGGCGCAGAAGAACGCCUCGGCCAUCAUCCAGUGCGUCGGCAAGGAGAAGGAGCCGCUCGUGUCCUUCCUCGAGCGAGUGGCACCACCUGCGGUGGCCCCCCGGAGACCCGCGUCGCCCAGCGUCAGCGCCGCGGCUUCUCUGGUGGCGGCCAACGCCAUGAAGUCCCUGAUGGCCGCGGCCGCCAUCAGCCUCGGCAACGAGGACAACCAGAGCUUAAAGGAGGCUCCCGAAGACCUGACCCGCAAGAGCAGCCCUGCCUCGUCGGCGCCCAACAGGUCCAACUCGGCCUCCCCCCUCCAACAGCCGCCGACCCCGCACACGCCCCUCCUCCAGCAGCAGCAGCAGUUCCAACUGCCGCCGCCGCCCCUACCUCAGUUCCAGUCUGCGGCGCCGCCCAACUUCCUCACCGGCACCACCAUCGGGGUCUGCCCGGACCAUCUGACCGGACGCCCCAGCGGCGUCGAAUGUUCAAAGUGCGAGAUGAUCUUGGCCUCUUCGCGUCUCAGCGGGGCCUCAGGGGCCCAGUCCGGAGGCGGCCUCCUCGCCGGCAUGCACUCGAGGAAUUCCUGCAAAACCCUCAAGUGCCCCAAGUGCAACUGGCACUACAAGUACCAGGAGACGCUGGAGAUCCACAUGAAGGAGAAGCACCCGGAGAGCGAGACCAGCUGCAUCUACUGCAUAGCGGGGCAGCCGCACCCCCGACUGGCCCGAGGGGAGACGUACACGUGCGGCUACAAACCGUACCGCUGCGAGGUUUGCAACUACAGCACCACCACCAAGGGCAACCUCAGCAUCCACAUGCAGUCCGACAAGCACCUCAACAACAUGCAGGAGCUGCAGAACGGCGGCGUCCCGCCCCCCUCCGAGCCCCAGCAGCAGCCGCAGCCGCCCAAGAUGUCGGCCCUCAGUCCGCCGGCUCCGACAAGCGUGCCGAGCUCACCCUCGGCGCCGGUCUCCAGCAAGCCCAAACCCACCUUCCGCUGCGACGUGUGCAAUUACGAGACCAACGUGGCGCGCAACCUCCGCAUCCACAUGACCAGCGAGAAGCACACGCACAACAUGAUGGUUCUCCAGCAAAACGUCAAGCACAUGCAGCAGCUGAGCGCCCUGCAGAGCCAGAUGGCCGCGUCCGGCGUCGACCCGGCCACCGCCGCCGCCCUUCUGCACUUCCACCCCGCCCUCCAGGGUGAAAAGCCGCCGCCCCACACCGAGGCUGCCCUGGCCGACAUGGCCUACAACCAGGCCCUGUUGAUCCAGAUGAUGACCGGCGGCCAACUGCCCCCGCACGUUCCUCCCGAGCUGGCCCCCCACGUUGACAUGGGCCUCAACCCUGACACCAUGGAACCGCCCCCGGAGCCACCUGAGCAGAACCCGAGCCUGUUGUUCCAGUGCUGCGUGUGCACCGUGUUCGCCACCGACUCGCUCGAGGCCCUGUCGCACCACCUGGCGCAGGACAGGACCAAGUUGAGGGAGCAGGAGAUCCUGGCCCUGGUCGGCGGCAACUACGUCUGCAAACUGUGCACGUACAAGACAAACCUGAAGGCCAACUUCCAGCUGCACUGCAAGACGGACAAGCACCUUCAGCGGCUGCAGCACGUCAACCACAUCAAGGAGGGCGGCGCCCGCAACGAGUGGAAGCUCAAGUACGUCAGCGUGUCCAACCCUGUGCAGGUUCGGUGCCACGCGUGCGACUAUUACACCAACUCGGCGCACAAGUUGCAGCUGCACGCCGCCCACCAGCGCCACGAGAUCAGCCGCAUGGUUUUCCGCCACCUGGGCUCAGGGGAGACCACCCUGCGCGACAACGAGCCGCGCAUCUACCACUGCGCCCUGUGCGGCUUCUCGAGUCGCGCCAAACUGCCCCUGCUGCAGCACGUGCGCUCCAUGAAGCACCUCCAGAUGGAGCAGCUCCACCAACUGCAGAGACGCUCCGAGGGCAAGGAGCCGCACACAGACAUCGGCGAGGUCUUCCAGGUCGUCGGACAGUCACAGCUGGACGCUUCCGUCCAGCAGCAGCUGGCCGCUGAGGGAAUUGUGGACACACCAGACCGCAAGCCCAAGGUUGACAAAGACCCGGCCAGCAUGCUCAAGUUUGCCCUCGAGCAAUCGGAGGCUGACGAGACGACCCCCGAACGCAGUCACAAUUGCCCCUUCUGCACGUUCACCAGCACCAGCGAGAUGCGAAUUCAAGCUCACGUGCUGGCGCAACACGCGCAGCAGGUGGCCGCCCAGCAGCAGCAGCAGUCGACGCCGUCGUCCUCCUCAGACAAGGAGUCGACGCCCACCAAAGAGUUCCUCUGUCCGUUGUGCCAGGACGUUUUCAAAGACCGGCCGCAACUGGAAAAGCACGUCAUGCAGAUCCACAGCGUCAACGCAGAAGGUCUGCAGCGGCUGUUGAUGCUUGUUGAAGGUUCCCACUGGCUGAACGCCACCCCUGAGUCGUCAUCCUCUUCCAACCCGCAACCAACGGACUUGUCCAAAGAGGAGGAGGAGGAAGACGAAGAGGCCAUGGAGACGGACGAGUUCAAGUGCCAAACCUGCAGCAAGACCUGUGCCAAUUUGGAAGAGCUUUGCCAGCACCAGUGCGAGGCGGGCCACCUGGAAAUGCGCCAAACACCCAACGGCGCCGCCUAUCCGUGCGUGAAGCGCCAGUGCGGCCAACUGUUUGCCUCGGCCGCGGCCAUGCAGAACCACUUCAGGGACGCCCACGUCAACAAACUUGGGCUGGCCCCCGGCAUUGCCUCUGUGUCAGAAAAACACGUCUACAAGUACAGAUGCAACCAGUGCUCGUUGGCGUUCAAGACGAUGGAAAAACUGCAGCUCCACUCGCAGUACCACCUGAUCAGAGACGCCACCAAGUGCAUGCUGUGCUCCAGAAGCUUCCGCUCGGUCUUGGCCCUGCACAAACAUGUCGAGACGGCGCACACGGAGCUCUCCGAGGAGGAGCUCAUGCAGUACAAGCAGAGUAUGAUGAGCAAUCCGCUCCUGCUGGCCGGUUUGGCCGCCGGCGCUGGAGGUUUAGACGAGUUGUUGAAACGCAGUGAAGUCCCUGAGGAGGAAGAGGAAGGAGCAAAUGAGGAGGAGGUUGAGGAGAACGACUCAAAUGACUCAGCCUACAAAGAGCAGCAGUUCCUCGAAGACUACCUCAACUCACAGGCCAUUGCCGAGGACAGCUACAAUGACCCGAACCGCAAGUACAAGUGCCACAGGUGCAAGGUGGCCUUCACCAGACAGUCCUACCUGACCAGUCACAACAAGACGCUGCUGCACCGCAAGGGCGAGAAGUUGAGCUACCCUAUGGAGAAGUACCUGGACCCCAACAGACCGUACAAGUGCGACGUCUGCAAGGAGAGUUUCACUCAAAAGAAUAUUCUUCUUGUUCACUACAACUCUGUGAGUCAUUUGCACAAGCUCAAGCGCGCCAUGCAGGAGCAGCACCUGCAGACGCACAACAAUAAUAACAACAAUGGUCUCACCGGUGGCAAGGAUGAGGAUGACAAGAAGCCGUACAAGUGCAACAUCUGCAAGGUGGCCUACAGCCAGGGCUCCACCCUUGACAUUCACAUGCGCUCGGUGCUGCACCAGACGCGCGCCUCCAAACUGCAGGAACUGGCCAUCACCGGCCAGAUUGAUCUCAGUCGUCCGCUCAUUGAGCAACCCGAUCUCAAAAAGCUCCCUUCGGAGUCGCCCAAGCAAGACAUCACCAGGGCCUCGCCGAACUCGGUGGAGCAGUCGCCAAACUCCUCGUCAAAUCAGUUGAUGUCGCCGCUGAACGAGACCACCUCAUCCUCCUCGGCAAACAGCAGCAUCCACGCCUGCCCAAAGUGCUCGGCGCUCUUUUCUUCCUCUGACCAGCUUCAGCAGCACCAACAGCUGUAUUGCAUGUUCGGUCCAGGCAACGCCAUUUUCAACGAGACCUCUCCGACCGGCAACAAAACGCCAAGUCCGGUGCCGCAGCCGCUCAACUCUUCCACGCCGCAGCAGCUGCUGGAAGAAGGUCAGUUCAGCAAAAUGAUGGCCGCCGCCCGGAGGCCGUCCCAAAUGUACAAGCACCUGCUCGAGAGCUACGGCUUUGAGUUGGUCAUGCAGUUCAACGAGAACCACCAACGCAGACGCAGAGAACUGAUCAAAGAGGAGGAGGAAAAGGCCAAAGAAGCCGCGGCCAAAGAGGUGGAGGCAGCCCAAGAGAAGGCGGCUACUCCUCCAGCUCCAGAAGCCGUUCCGCAGGAGGAGAUCAACAUUCCUGAAGUGGCCAAAUCGACCUGUCAGCACUGCAAAAAAGAAUUCAGCAGUGUGUGGGUGCUGAAGGCGCACUGCGAGGAGGUGCACAAAGACUUGGUGCCGCAGGAGUUCCUGGAAAAGUACGCCCAGCAGUUCAAAAAUGAGUAUGAAAAUAAGCGGACUGAUCGCUCGACUCCGGACGCCACCCCUGAAAAAGACCCUGAGGAGGCCGUGCAGCCCAAGAGCACAGAGGUCACGCCAACCAACGCAAGCACGCCGACGGCCAGCAGCACGCCAGCCUCGAGCACCGACAGCAUUCCAAAUAUGCAGGCCAACAUGAUGCAGCAGAUGAACGAAAUGCAGGCAGCCCUCAACGCCAUGGCCGCCUCGCAGUUGCAGCAACUCCAGUUCAACCCAAUGAUGAUGGGCAUGGCCUCUUUGGGCAUGGGGCUUCCUCUUGGGCUCAACAUGAACGCCCUGGCCGCCAUGAAUUUGCAGCCGCCCCUCGUGCCAAUGAUGAUGCCGCCUCCUUUUGAUCCUCUUGGGCAACUCUUCAGCCCCAUGGACCAGCAGAUGUUGGCCAAGCAGCAACAAAUGAUGGGCCAGCAGCAGUCGCAGUCCAACUCCUCUCAGGGAGGUUCUUCUUCCAACGCUCAGUCAUCUGCUCCGCCUCAAACGCAGCAGAAAAGGGCAAGGACGAGAAUCACAGACGACCAGCUCAAAAUCCUGCGAGCUCACUUUGACAUCAACAACUCACCUUCGGAGGAGGCCAUCAACGAAAUGGCAGGACAGAGUGGUCUGCCACCCAAGGUCAUCAAGCACUGGUUCAGAAACACCCUCUUCAAGGAGCGGCAGCGCAACAAAGACUCUCCGUACAAUUUCAACAACCCUCCGUCAACCACCCUGAAUUUGGAGGAGUACGAGAAGACGGGCGAGGCCAAGGUGGUUCCUCUUUCGAGUGAAGAGCAAAAAUGCAUUCAGCAGCAGGCGUUGGCUGGGUCGUCAAAAAACAAAAAGGCGCAGCAGCAGCAGCAACAACAACAGCAGCCGCCCCCACCGCCGCCGCCUCCUCUGCCCCUGCAGGAGGUAAAAAUUGAGCCAAAGGAGGAGAAAAAAGAGGAGGCCAUGAUCAAGGUGAUUGAACCCCCGAUGGAGGUGGAGCAGUCGCAGCAGCAGCAGCACCAUCAGCAAAUGUCCCUGACCAACCUGAUCUCACAGCAGCUCGAGAUGCCGCAGCCGCCGGUGACGUCGUCGCCGUCGUCCAGUUCCAGCAGCUGCAGCAUGACCCCGAGCAACAUGCUGCCGCCGCCCAAGAUGAACUUCAUGGGCCAGCCGCUGAUUCCUCCGAGUGUGAGUCCGAGCAGCCGCUCGCCCAGCCAGCCCUCGGCCAUGGACUGCUACAACCCGCAGCUAAGUAACUCGAACGGCAGCAACUCCUCCGGCUGCUCAUCGUCCGGUAAGCGCGCCAAUCGCACCCGUUUUACAGAUUACCAAAUCAAGGUGCUGCAGGAGUUUUUCGAAAACAACGCCUACCCGAAGGAUGAUGACCUCGAGUACUUGUCCAAGUUGCUCAGCUUGAGCCCGCGGGUAAUCGUCGUGUGGUUUCAGAACGCGCGCCAAAAGGCCAGAAAGGUGUACGAAAAUCAACCACCUGUCGAGGCGCCCACUGACGACGGAACUGGACGUUUCCAGCGAACCCCUGGCCUCAACUAUCAAUGCAAAAAGUGCCUGCUGGUCUUCCAGAGGUACUACGAGUUAAUCCGUCACCAGAAAACGCACUGCUUCAAAGAAGAGGAUGCCAAGCGCUCUGCUCAGGCGCAGGCGGCCGCAGCCCAAAUCGCAGCCGUCAUGUCCUCUGAGGACUCAAACUCCUCCGCCGAGCCGAGCGGCCAAAUGUCGAAUCCAGCCAACUUGCCGCCGGCGCCGUCGUCGCUGUUCGCAACCUCUCCGGUGCCGCCCUCUCCAGUUCCAUCAGCAGAGUCACCCUCUCGAAGCGCCACCAAGUCGCCGUCGGCCACUUUGGCUCCGGAGAGCAGCUUCCAGUGCGACAAGUGCAACCUGGUGUUUCCCAGAUUCGACCUUUGGCGUGAGCACCAGUUGGUACACCUGAUGAACCCCAAUCUCUUCCCGACCUACCCUCCUGACUCACCCUUCGGCAUCCUCCAGCAGCACGCCCUGCACCAGCAGCAGCAACAACAAACGGCCUCAACUCACUCGGCCGCUUCCUGCUCCGAGGGCUCCGAACCAGGGACUCCGACGCCCAUGCAGCAAAAACGCAAAAUGGAAGAGCUGGAGGACGAACGCGAAGACCAUCCGAAGGACAAGCGGCUGCGAACCACCAUCCUACCCGAGCAGCUCGACUACCUCUACCAAAAGUACCAAAUCGAGAGCAACCCCAGCCGAAAAAUGCUCGAGAACAUCGCCAGGGAGGUUGGGCUGAAGAAGAGAGUGGUUCAGGUCUGGUUCCAAAACACCAGGGCCAGGGAGCGGAAGGGUCAAUUCAGGGCGCACGCUCAGGUCAUCAACAAACGGUGCCCUUUCUGUCCGGCUCUUUUCAAAGUCAAGUCGGCCCUCGAGUCGCAUUUGGUGACCAAACACGCUGACCAGUGCACCCGUGGCGAAAUCAACAUCGACGCGCUGCCUGACGAGGAGCUCAGCAUGGAAGAGCAGUCGGACUCGAAGCCCGCCACCACCCCGCCCCUCAUGCCGCCCAUUUUCCCACCCUUCGGCGCCGCCACUGGUGACAUGGAAAACUCGCUCAAAAAAUACUACGAGGAGAGCAUGAAGCGCUACCUGAGCGAGCUGCAGGCGCACUCGGCGGCCAAGGACGAGGUCAAGGUCAAGGAGGAGCAGCCGAGUGGGACCGCCAGUGGUCCCACCGGGGCCACAGGUGAGUCGCCGCUCGACCUGAGCAAGCCCGUGGACCUUUCCGGCGCACGACCCCUGCCUGCCAUGCGGAUGGACGGAUUCGACCCCGAGGGCGAGGACAACCAGCAGCAGCAACGCAACUAUCUAGCUCCCUCGCCCCAGCAGCAGCAGCAGGCCCAAGACAAGUCGCAGCAGCAGAUGCUGCAGAUGGCCGGACUGACGGGCCUCUCUCCGCCGGCGCUCACGGCCGCCCUCUCGGCCUUCGCCGCCGCCAACAACAACAAGGAGACCAAGGACAAGUCGCCCGAGGAGAUGGCCCUGCUGCAGCAACUCUACGGCAUGGCCGCGGCCGCCCAGGCUGCGGGACAGAACAACCUCUUCCUCCACCCCGGUGUCUUCCCCAACAAUGCCGUCACUCAGCAGCAGCAGCAGGAGCCGCAGUCGGGGCCCACUAGUCCACCAGGGGGUCCCCAGGGCACCAGCCUGAGCAUGUUCAAACUGCCGGCCAAGACUGUGGGCGACAUCGGCGAGGCGUGCGCGGCCCCUGGCCACAGCAUCGUGCGUUUCAGCACGGACGCUGAGGUCGUGGUGGCAGCCCUGCCGCCGCACUGCCGCCACCUGGAGAAGGAGGCGGCCUUCAUCUGCAAGAAGUGCCAGCUGGCCUUCCCGACCGAGGCGGCCGUCAACGGCCACCAGCGGGCCGCCUGCUUCGCCGGCUCCUUCGAGCUGCGGGGCCACGUGCGGCUCGUCCAGCUGGGCUUCGAGUGUCGCGCCUGCGCAGACCGCGUGGCCACGCAUGCGCAGCUGCUCGAGCACUGCGCGUCUGCGCAGCACGCGGCCGCCACCACGCAGCAGCCCAGCGCCGAGUUGACGCACGAGAUGGAGGACGUGGUGAACCAGAUCACGGCCCUGGCGGCGCAGGCCUCGACGGCCCCGGCCCCCAUCGAGGCCGGGCCCGUCUCCGGCUGAGAGCCAAGGACAAACUCAACAACAACAACCCGACCGCGACGACGACGUGCUUUAUUGAAAAAGUUCCUCAGCGUUUUAAACUACUACUACGUAUAGCAAGUAAUAAGAAUUAAAUUUGUGCGCAGCUCACGAUUGUGACCGACAGAGGCGCCGCCAAGUGGCCGCCGGCAGAACGACGCACUGCCCAGGCCACUUGGCGCCGCCUCGGAAAAAUUGAUUGACUCGGACGAACGCAGUCCCUGAUUGUAUUUUUCGUUGUUUCUCUGUGUACAUAUAAAAUUCUCGGCCAUAUACAUGCAUAUAUUAUAUUAUACAUACACACACACACUACUCGGUUAGGAGGAGAAAAGAAAACUCUGAAUUUUGAUUAUACUUUAGAGAAGAAGGAUCAAGGAACUUGGCUGUUCACUCUCACCUCGCUGCGAAAGUAAUAAAAGAAAUUGCAAACAAAAUGGUCCUUAGCGUUUUAGCCUGCCUACCGCAAAAAACGUGGAAAAAAUUAAUAAUGUUCCUUCGGCUACGAAUUCGAGAUGAAAAGGAAGUAAUAAUCUCACAAAAAGAAAGAAAGUAAGAAUAACACACACUCUCACUACUACUUAACGUGGAAGUCUACUACUAUCCUUAAACAAAAACUAACGCUAACUCUCCUCACUCACACACUAUUACGUAUAGGAAAAGUUCUAUGUGUUUCUGUGCUUUUUCAGAUGUUCGACACUCGACUAACACACAAUCCUCGUAAACACACACACAAGCGAAUAUCAUCAAUGUUAACUAAUUUUUGCGCAAGCAUAAAAAAGAUUCUUGAGCAUUUGAGUAAAAAAAGAUAUGAGAAAUUCGAGAGAGUUAUUUACAUACUCGCUGUAACUCACACUGAUGAAGCAAAUGUUGAUAUUUUUAUGGCAAGAAGGUUUUUCGUUCCUACGCAUCAAGUGAAAAAGUUUGUACACGCAUAAAUACUUGAAUUUAAACAAAAAAUCAACACACGCCGGGCGGAAAGUAUGAAACAAACAAACAUAAAAAAUGUGUACGGAAAAACUUGGAAACAAAAAAUUCGCAAACCUUCUUCGGUUUUUUGAUAAAUGUCUGAUCUUUUUUAUGUGAAUGCUCGCAACCCUCGCACCACCCCACUCGCCGCAGUGGGGGGAAAUAUUGAAAAAUGUUUGACGAUGAGAAAAAAUACUUAUCUAUGAUUAAAAUUAAUUAAAAUUAUUAUACUAGCGGAUAAUUCACAUGGACACACAGACACACAAAAAACCACACUCUCGUAUAUAAUUCUAGCGGUAAGAUUAAAAUUAAAUUAUAUUGAAUGGGUGUUUAACUCAGUGACAUCUGUUUGAAAUUGUUCGCGCAGGCGGUGUCCUAAUAAUCGCCGCGGGCUCUGAGGGCCCCGGGGCCGCAGCUGGGGUGACCCGGGCGCCCGAAACUUUCAAAAGCUCUACUUAAAUUUUGAGAAAAAAAAGAAGUAAAAGUAAAACACUGACAUGACACACACGCUCGCAAUCGAGGGGGCGGCCGGGCCCGGAGAACCUUCGCAAGGGUCCGACCUCUCCCGCCCAGCAAACCUAAGGUUCCUAUGAUAGAUCAUAUAACUUUAAGUAACGUUCCUCGUAAUAAAUACUUGAGAGAGAGACACGGUGACGACACACAGCUUUUUUCUAUAUAAUAUUUAAAAAAAAAACGAGAGACGGCAAAAGAAGUAAUUGUACUAUUAUCAUUAGUUAAGUGUGCUGUUGGUGUAAAAUUCAAGACGGGAAAGAAAGAAAGAAUCAAGUCCUCCGCUGCUAUCUCUUUUGUCUUUGUUCUUAAUCUGCAUUUUUUUCUUAUAAUAUUCCGGAAAACUACUUUUACACAUGGGGAUUGAUAAUUUUAAAUGAAAUUCCUUUGGAUUGUUCCUGGAUUCAACAAGUGCCCCACAUUCGGCUUCAAAACGGAAUUAACUCUCUGCUUAAACAAAAAUCAAUGUCUGCGUGUUGCUGCUGAUUGAAAUGGUUCCUAACGAAACAACAAUAAGCGCGAAAUAGUUAUUUUUUCAUUCGAAGAUACGAUGCUAACUCAAACACACAACAACAACACACACUGACACACUGCCUAUUACUGUAUUAACGUGAUGUGACUCCUCGUCACCGCGAUCGUUACAUAAAUUCUACCUCUGAUAUGCAAACAAACAAAAAUUAUGAUGAUUCGCAGAAAGAUGCAGGCAUGAUUGAAAUUUACUACAAAAAAAAAACUAUUCGGUAUUGAAAUCGCUGUUCCUACUAACUCUUUACAAAAUGAAUUAAAUUGCAGUUCCGCCAACACAAUUGUGCCGCCUCAGUUCCAUUUUCUUGUGAUAUACACGAAACUUUCCGCGGCUGCAUGUUUCUGGUGCAAGGAAUUCCUAGCUCUCUCUAAAUAAUGCUUUUCUUCUCAAACAAAAUAACCCUUUUUUCACGCUGCUACUAACUUGACAUUAUUUUUCUCUAUUGACCUUUUCACCGAAGAAUCUCAAUUGAAGGAGUUGUUUUAUUUUUAUUUUAGAUGAUUUAUUCGUAGCAGCGACGUGUUUUUGUUCCGAGCCAAUUUCGCCAAGCCCACCGUUCAAAUCACUCGCGAUCGAUUCAGAGUUUCGAUUUUUACGUGAUGUAAAUAGAGAGAGUAAACUAUUUCCUUCUCCGACGUGCAGCCCCUCAAAGAAAGGUUAUUUAAGUUACACGGAAAAAAACGGACAAAACAAACCAAUCUUUAAAUUACGUGCGUGUAAAUUGAACAUAUAAUAUGUAAUAAAAAUAGACUGAAAGCAGAAGAAAUUCAAGAAUUCUCUUUUCGCUGAAAGUAAUGUUUAGGAACAAUCUCUCUUUUGUAACUGUGUACAAUGUUUUAAUUAAUUAAUUGCAACUUAAAUUAUUAUUAUCAUUAUAUGUAUGAUUCUCCUGUUUGUCUCAAAGCAAAAAACAACACACACGCGACACACAAGCUGACAAUUACUUUAAUUUUAUUCCAAAGUGGGGGGCCUCUCUGUAUUUUUGUCUGCUGAACAAUAAUAUAUUAUAAAAUGAAAUUAGUAACGAAACACUCGCAUUAUUGAAGCUGAUUUGUCAACGCUGCAAAAGUGAUUUUUUGUGUUUUUGCUAUUAUUGGUUAAGCGAAAAAUAAAUUUUUGAAUUAUUCUAUUGAGAUAAGAGUUGGAUUUGAAUUAUGCAAAUUAAAUGGCGUUUUCUGUGUGGGUUUGUGAAUUGAAAGAUGUUCUCUUCGGGGGGGUCGACUUCGGAAAGAUGGAGGAGAUAAUUUUUUUAUUAUUAGUCUGUCAUUCAAAAAGGCAGCUCAGUGAUAGUGCUGAAAUCAAGACGCAAAAAAAUGAGAUGACAAAGAUGAAAAAAAAAACAAUUAAAUAAAGCAGCGUGCGGGCGCCACGGCGGCCGCCUUGGCCGCGCGUGCCGAGCGCACACUGUGUUAUUUUUAAGGAGUUUAAAGGUAUAAAAUAAACGCAAAAAAUGUCUACCUCAGCACUCAAAAAAGUUCCUAAUUCAUUGAAUAAUCGAUAAAUAAGAAGUAUAUUAAUAGAAAUAAUAAUUUUUAAAAUGCGAUGAGAUGAGUAUUAGUGACGACGAAGAUGAUAACAGAAAAUCCAAUGCAAAAAUCGACUACCAGACACACACAUACACACAAACACACAAUGUGCUCACUCUCGGUUCUGACCUUUUGUUGUUCUGCCCGAAUCUAGAGAAGAAAUAAACUUUAUUAUUCUGUGAGUGUAAAUCAUGUUAGGUUCUCUCGCAAUACACAAAAUGUGUUUGUUAUCGCAUUGAUUGAUUAUUAGUUGAUUGCCAUUUUUGUGGGCGAUUUAUUGUUUUUGAAUUUUUGUUGUGACUAAAAUGAGAAAAACACACAUCCACGCCGUAAAUGGAAAUGAAAUUGUGAAUUUUUAUCUCAUCACACGCGAUUAUUAUUAUUAUAUUAUAUAAUAAAAAAAAAUAUGAAUUUAUAUAUAUUUGAAAUGAUUUUUCUGUCCAUCCGCGCCACACGAUUGUUUUCGCUUAUGUAUUGUACAUUUUAAAUAAUAAUUAUGUAACUGAUUGAUUGGUUGGUUGAUUGAUUGAAUUGAUUGAUUGAUUCAUUCGUCAUUACUGUACUACACACAUUACACACACACACACAAACGACACACGCAUGCAAGGAAUAAAAUUUAAAAAAGAAUUGAAUUUAAAA